UGAAACCACUUCAAGGAAUAUAUUUUCAGAUUUUUUUCUUUUUUAAAUUCCCACCUGUGGCAGGAUGAGCCAGCCGGUCCGUGAAUGAGGACUGAAACUGGGGUCGUGUGAAGCUCUGCAACUUGGAUUUAACUACGACUGAAGUUUAAGAGGAAGAGGAGCAGAAAUCGAUCAUUAAUUCGGAUCAGCUCUCGGUGUGAUUGCAGCGACGGGAGCGCUUCUCCGCUGGUUUGGCACAAUGCGCUCCUCGCCCCGCGCGUAAGCUGCUUUGGAGAGUCCUCACAUUAUGAGACGCCAUGGCAUGGUGUGACCGAGGGGUUCAGACUCUGCUGGCCAUCGUGGGAGCCUUCGUCGCCUUCAGCCUCAUGACCAUCGCCAUCGGCACCGACUACUGGCUUUACUCCCGGGCGUACAUCUGCAACGCCACUAAUGCCUCCACCGACGAAACCCAGAUGCAAAAUAAGAAAGUCAAAGGCGACCUGACGCACUCAGGGCUUUGGAGGAUCUGCUGUAUUGAAGGUAUCAACAAAGGAAGCUGUUUUCGGAUCAAUCAUUUUCCUGAGGAUAACGACUAUGAUACAGACAGCUCCGAGUACAUCUUACGUAUUGUUCGUGCGUCAAGCCUUUUCCCAAUUCUCAGCACCAUCCUUCUGAUGUUGGGGGGCCUUUGUGUUGGAGUUGGACGCAUCUACAGCAGCAGGAACAACAUCCUGCUAAGCGCGGGCAUCCUGUUCGUGGCAGCAGGCCUGAGCAACAUCAUUGGCAUCAUUGUCUACAUCUCCAGCAAUGCCGGAGACCCCAGUGACAAGAAAGACGAGGACAAGAAGAACCAGUACAACUACGGCUGGUCCUUCUACUUCGGCGCCCUCUCCUUCAUCGUCGCAGAGUCCGUUGGCGUCCUCGCGGUCAACAUUUACAUCGAGAAAAACAAAGAGACACGCUUCCGAGCUAAACGUGACUUCAUCAAGGCGACCUCGUCCUCGUCGCCCUACUCCCGUAUACCGAGCUACCGUUACCGACGGAGGCGCUCGCGCUCCAGCUCGAGGUCGACCGACCCGUCACGUGACCCCUCUCCGGUGGGGAGGAAGAUGGGUGGAGGAAGCGGAGGGGGAGCAGGGCUGGGGAUGGGCUUGCCGAUGGGGGAUAUCUCCCUGUACGCGCUCAGCAGGGACCCUCUGAAGGGCCGGAGUGGCAUUGCGGGACCGUACAGCCCCGAGAGAGACUCUGGGUUUUUACAAGUCCAUAACUGCUUCCAGAAAGAUGUGAAAGAUGGAAUAAACAGGAGAACCACACCGGUAUGAGGUCAGAAGCAGAUUACCAUGUUGAUGGAACACAUGAGGUCGUGUACAAUUGAUAAAAAAAAGGACAAUUUCUUCACUGGACUGUUGAGGCAGCAGCACUGUUGAAAGGUCACGGUUUUGAAUUGUUUUUCUUUUUUUU